AUGCUCACACUUAAUAGAUUAGAAGAAUUACAAGAAACACAUAAAAUACUUUAUGUUUCACCUAAUAAUUAUAGAAAAAUUAGUAUGAUAAAUGAAAGAAAUAGUUUAUAUGGUGUCACUGUUGAUUUUAAAUUUUUAUCAGAAAUUUUGACAAAUUAAUUUUUAACAAGUUCGCAUUUGUUAUUCUAUUCUAACUUAUUUAGAUAAACUUACAAAAACGUUAAAGUAAUAAAAAUUUGAUCUUAGAUUGCAGUUGCUCAAUGUUAUUUUUUUGCUGAAUAUAUAGAGACAUCUACCUAAUAAAUUGAUAACAAGAUUUUAGAUAGUUAAUUAUUAGGUAAUAAAUAAGAUUUUGAUGAAAAGAAGAAUACUAAAAAUCAAAAUUUGUAAGAUGAAUUUUAGAACAAAAGUAUAUAUCAAUAAUAAGAAUAAUCAUAAUAAUAAUAAACAUAAUAAUAAAAUAUUAGUGAAUAAAAAUUAAUAAGCAAUAAUAAAGAAUGGACCUUUUAAAUUACAAAUAUCACUCUUGUCUAAAAUAAAUAGUUAAAAAAUAAUGAGAAAUAUAAUGUGAAUAAAUUAGAAAAUUUGCUUACAUAAAUGGCUACAUAAAAUGAACUCAAAGAUAUUAAUGAAUUGAAGUCAUAAGACUAUCUAUACUUUCCUAUCAAUUUAUAAAAUUAUCAUUGGAUAAGUUUAGUUGUCAGUCUAAAUGAAAAUUUGAUAUUUUAUUUUGAUUCUUCUUAACCAAAAGUUGAUGAAAACAUUAAAAAAGCAGUCUUUGAGAUACUAAAAUAUAUAGGUGUAAAACAAUUUUAAGAGUUUAAAAUAUAGACUUAUUAUAAUAAAUAGGAAAAUGGGUAUGUUUAAUUAUUAAGAUUUAUAGUUUUGAUUGCGGAAUAUUUUCAUUGAUUUCAUUACUUUAUACUUAUAGAUAAUAAUAGUAUGACUAUAAUCAAUAGAUUGUGACCAAAUAUAGAAAAUAUGUACUAUACAACCUUGCAAUUAUUGGAUCCUAAAUGGAAAUUAGUAAGGAGUUAUUUGAAAGAAUUAUUUAGUUAUCAUUGCAAACAUAAUGA